GAUGGGAACCCCAAGGAAAGCAGCCCCUUCAUCAACAGCACAGACCUGGAGAAGGGCAAGGAGUAUGACGGGAAGAACAUGGCCCUCUUCGAGGAAGAGAUGGACACCAGCCCCAUGGUCUCAUCCCUGCUGAGCGGCCUGGUGAACUACACAAACCUGCCGCAGGGCAGCCGGGAGCACGAGGAGGCGGAGAACAAUGAUGGAGCCAGAAAGAAACCUGUGCAGGCUCCACGGAUGGGCACGUUCAUGGGCGUUUACCUGCCCUGCCUGCAAAACAUCUUUGGGGUGAUCCUCUUCCUGCGCCUCACUUGGGUGGUUGGAAUUGCUGGCAUCAUGGAGUCGUUCUGCAUGGUUGUCCUGUGCUGUUCCUGCACAAUGCUGACGGCUAUUUCCAUGAGUGCCAUCGCUACGAAUGGUGUCGUGCCAGCGGGUGGCUCCUACUACAUGAUCUCGCGCUCUCUGGGGCCGGAGUUCGGAGGGGCUGUGGGGUUGUGCUUCUACCUGGGCACCACCUUCGCGGGAGCCAUGUACAUCCUGGGCACCAUCGAGAUCCUUCUGGCCUAUAUCUUCCCCGCCAUGGCCAUUUUCAAGGGAGAGGAUGCCAGCGAGGAAGCCGCGGCCAUGCUCAACAAUAUGCGUGUCUACGGCACCUGCGUGCUCACCUGCAUGGCCACGGUGGUGUUCGUCGGGGUCAAGUACGUCAACAAGUUUGCCUUGGUUUUCCUGGGCUGCGUCAUCCUCUCCAUCCUGGCCAUCUACGCCGGGGUCGUCAAGUCUGCCAUCGACCCCCCCAGCUUCCCGAUCUGUCUGCUGGGGAACAGGACGCUGUCGCGCCACGGCUUCGACAUCUGUGCCAAGCUGGUGCUGGAAGGCAACGAGACAGUGGGCUCCAAGCUGUGGGAGCUUUUCUGCACCUCCAAAUUCCUCAACGCCACCUGUGACGAGUACUUCCUGAGGAACAACGUGACCGAAAUCCAGGGCAUCCCAGGCGCUGCCAGUGGGCUCAUCAAAGAGAAUCUCUGGAGCACAUACCUGACCAAGGGUGUGAUCGUGGAGAAGCAGGGGAUGCCCUCGGUGGCCCUCACGGACCCCGUUGUCGACAUGGACCAGCCCUACGUCUUUAGCGACAUGACCUCAUACUUCACCCUGCUGGUGGGCAUCUACUUCCCGUCCGUCACAGGUAUAAUGGCCGGCUCCAACCGAUCAGGAGACCUGCGCGAUGCUCAGAAAUCCAUCCCCACAGGGACCAUCCUGGCCAUCGCCACAACUUCUGCUGUCUGCAGGUUUGGCGAGGCUGUCAAUGGGAACCUGGUGGUUGGAACCCUCGCCUGGCCAUCUCCAUGGGUGAUUGUCAUCGGAUCCUUCUUCUCCACAUGUGGGGCAGGUCUGCAGAGCCUCACAGGAGCCCCCCGCCUCCUCCAGGCCAUCUCCCGGGAUGGGAUCGUCCCCUUCCUGAGGGUCUUCGGCCACGGCAAAGCCAACGGGGAGCCCACCUGGGCGCUGCUCCUCACCGCCUGCAUCUGUGAGAUCGGAAUCCUCAUCGCCUCCCUGGACGAGGUCGCCCCCAUCCUCUCCAUGUUUUUCCUGAUGUGCUACAUGUUUGUCAACUUGGCGUGCGCGGUGCAGACGCUGCUGAGGACACCCAACUGGCGGCCCCGAUUCCGAUAUUACCACUGGACACUCUCCUUUCUGGGCAUGAGCCUCUGCCUGGCCCUGAUGUUCAUCUGCUCCUGGUACUAUGCGCUCGUGGCCAUGCUAAUCGCCGGGCUCAUCUACAAGUACAUCGAAUACAGGGGAGCGGAGAAGGAAUGGGGCGAUGGCAUCAGAGGGCUCUCGCUCAGCGCAGCACGCUACGCUCUGCUUCGGCUGGAGGAGGGCCCCCCACACACCAAGAACUGGAGGCCUCAGCUGCUGGUUCUGGUCCGAGUGGAUCAGGAGCAGAAUGUGGUGUACCCGCAGCUCCUGUCUCUCACCUCACAGCUCAAGGCCGGCAAGGGGCUGACGAUCGUGGGCUCCGUGCUGGAAGGGACCUUCCUGGAUAACCACCUGCAGGCCCAGCGGGCGGAGGAGUCCCUGCGCCGCCUGAUGGAAGCUGAGAAGGUGAAAGGCUUUUGCCAAGUCGUGAUCUCGUCCAACCUGCGGGAUGGCAUGUCCCACCUCAUCCAGUCCAGCGGGCUCGGUGGCCUGCAGCACAACACGGUGCUGGUGGGGUGGCCGCGCAACUGGCGGCAGAAGGAAGAUCACCAGACCUGGAGGAACUUCAUUGUGUGGGCGGUCUGGCGUAAAUGCAAGAUGCGCAUCUUCACGGUGGCGCAGAUGGACGAUAACAGCAUCCAGAUGAAGAAGGACCUGACGACAUUCCUGUACCACCUGCGCAUCACGGCUGAGGUGGAGGUGGUGGAAAUGCAUGAGAGCGACAUCUCGGCCUACACCUACGAGAAGACCCUGGUGAUGGAGCAGCGCUCGCAGAUCCUCAAGCAGAUGCACCUCACCAAGACUGAGCGGGAGCGAGAGAUUCAGAGCAUCACAGACGAGUCCCGUGGCUCCAUCCGGCGCAAGAACCCUGCCAACACCCGGCUGCGGCUGAGCGUCCCAGAGGAGCAGGUGGGCGACAGCGAGGAGAAGCCGGAGGAGGAGGUGCAGCUCAUCCAUGAUAAGAAUGCCACAGCCUUCUCCAGCAGCCCCCAGUCACCCAGUGACGAGGCAGAGACGGCCCCGGAGAAGGUGCAUCUCACCUGGACCAAGGAAAAGUCUGUUGCGGAGAAGACCAAGAGCAAGAGCCCCGUCAGCCCAGAAAGCAUCAAAGACUUCUUCAGCAUGAAGCCGGAGUGGGAGAACCUGAACCAGUCCAACGUGCGGCGGAUGCACACAGCUGUCAAGCUUAACGAGGUAAUCGUCAAGAAGUCACAGAACGCCAAGCUAGUCCUGCUGAACAUGCCAGGCCCACCCCGCAACCGGAAGGGGGAUGAGAACUACAUGGAGUUCCUGGAGGUGCUGACAGAGCACCUGGACAGGGUCAUGCUGGUGCGUGGUGGGGGCCGGGAGGUCAUCACCAUCUACUCCUGAAACGCCAGCU